AGGGGGGACCCCCCCCUUGCACCCCCUCUCCUUGCACCCCCUCUCCCUGCACCCCCUCUCCCUGCACCCCCUCUCCCUGCACGUGCAACUUUUCCAGCUCCGAGGAGGAGGGGAGCUUAGGGCCCCAGCGCCCUCGGGGAGGGGGUGCUUACGGUGGGUGGGGGGGACCCCCGCCAUGGAACUGCUUUGCUGCGAGGCCGAGCCGGUCCGGAGGGCCCUGCCGGACCCCAACUUGCUGAACGACGACCGCGUCCUGCUCAACUUGCUGACCAUCGAGGAGCGGUACCUGCCCCAGUGCUCCUACUUCAAGUGCGUCCAGAGGGACAUCCAGCCGCACAUGCGCAGGAUGGUGGCCACCUGGAUGUUGGAGGUCUGCGAGGAACAGAAGUGCGAAGAAGAGGUGUUCCCCUUGGCCAUGAAUUACCUGGACCGCUUCCUAGCCGGGGUCCCCACACCCAAGCACCAUCUGCAGCUGUUGGGGGCCGUCUGCAUGUUCCUGGCUUCCAAGCUGAAGGAGACCGCCCCCCUGACUGCUGAGAAACUCUGUAUUUAUACAGACAAUUCUAUCAAACCUCGAGAACUGCUGGAGUGGGAGCUGGUGGUUCUAGGGAAGUUGAAGUGGAACCUGGCGGCAGUCACCCCGCACGACUUCAUCGAACACAUCCUGCGGAAGCUGUGCCAGCCUCGGGACAAGCUGCUUUUGAUCCGUAAACACGCUCAGACAUUCAUUGCCCUGUGUGCAACUGACUUUACCUUUGCCAUGUAUCCGCCCUCCAUGAUCGCGACCGGCAGCGUUGGGGCAGCCAUCUGCGGACUCCAGCUAGACGUCGAGGAGAGUGCCCUCUCCGGGGACGGCCUCACGGACCUCUUGGCCAAGAUCACCAACACAGAUGUGGACUGCCUGAAGGCUUGCCAGGAGCAGAUCGAGGCCGUGCUCGUCCAUAACCUGCGCAGGGUCCAGCAGCGGGAGCCCCCCCCGAGCCAGCCCUCCAAGAUGGUGGAUGAAGUGGACCAGGCCGGCACGCCCACGGACGUGAGGGACAUCAACCUGUGAGGCGCCCGGAAAGACCCCGGCUCGCUUCCCCUCCCUCACCCCCGCCCCCUCGAGUUUUAGAACGAAC